UAACUCUAUAGGCAGCGAAGAUCCCGAGACAUACUUCACGCGCGCCCAACGAAUACGUGUUGUGCACGAGAUAUUAGAGUCGGUAUCGUUUGGCAAAAGGAGCAUGGCACAAACUGGCAUCGAUAGACUCAUCGAGCAACAAGUUUUUACCGCGUCGUAUCCAUUGCACGAUGGUCAAUAUGAAUCGGCCAAAAAUAUUACUGAACCGCAACACUAUAAUAAACGUCAGAUACUAUACUAUUAUUGGGCCCAAUGGUCCAAAUGGUAUAAAUAUCAACCCCUCGAUCAUAUCAGAGACUAUUUUGGUGAAAAAAUUGCUAUGUAUUUUGCCUGGCUAGGUUUUUAUACUGGUUGGUUAGUGCCGGCCGCGAUCGUUGGUAUAUUAGUAUUUCUAUAUGGAUUAGUUAGCAUGGAAACAGAUGUACCAUCUCGUGACAUCUGUUCGAGUGGCCAAAAGUACCGGAUGUGCCCGACGUGUGACGAACAACAGGGCUGUCAGUACUGGUAUUUAAGCGAGAUUUGUUUGUUUUCACGGCUGUCCGUAAUGUUUGACCACUCGGGCACUGUUUUCUACGCCGUUUUCAUAUCGUUUUGG